CUUGACCUCACCUCAACCUCCAUCGAUCCCAUCCAUCCACGCCGGCACAUCAACCCCCUCGACCGACCGACGACUGCCCAAUUUCCCGCGUGCCUCCCGCGCGCAGCGACAACAGACGACCUCGCAUCACCACCAGUGAGGCACAGACAGGCCUGCGCAAACAACCACAAACCCGCCCGCCGUCGCCAUGUCCUCUCCGUUCUCGAUCAACGGCGGCGCCUGCGUUGCCAUGGUCGGCAAGGACUGCGUCGCCAUCGCCUGCGACCUCCGCCUCGGCCUGCAGGCCCUGACCGUGUCCAACAACUUCCCCAAGAUCUUCCAGUACGGCGACGUCUUCCUCGGCCUCACGGGCCUCGCCACCGACGUCAACACCGUCAGCGACCUCUUCCGCUACAAGGUCAACAUGUACCGCCUCCGCGAGGAGCGCUCCAUCGCCCCCCGCACCUUUGCCAACCUCGUCUCCUCGUCCCUCUACGAGCGCCGCUUCGGCCCCUACUUUGUCAGCCCCGUCGUCGCCGGCCUCGACCCCAAGACGGGCAAGCCCUUCAUCUGCGGCUUCGACAGCAUCGGCUGCAUCGACUUCGCAAAGGAUUUCAUCGUCUCCGGCACCGCCUCGGAGCAGCUCUUUGGCAUGUGCGAGGGCCUGUGGGAGCCUGACAUGGAGCCCGAGGCCCUGUUUGAGACCAUAUCGCAGGCGCUUCUCAAUGCCGUCGACCGCGAUGCUCUCUCCGGCUGGGGAGCGCACGUGUACAUCAUCGAGAAGGACAAGGUCACCAAGCGAUUACUGAAGGGCAGGCAAGACUAGAGGGAGCGGUGCAGAGCAGAAGGUGCUUCGUGGCGGUGUGGUGAUUGGCGGUGCGUGCUUCGCAUCACUGUACGACUAUCUAGAUGCUCGAUCCCAGCCCCGUCGGGGACGAGCAAAACCAAUCCAACAACACUAAAUAUGAACCAUUGUCACCAAACGUCGUUGUCGUCGUUGUCGUCACCGCCAAUACCGCGCCCCCGUCAAGACUCAAACCGUAG